CGCCUGGACUGAGCGCCCGGCUCGGCUGUGGGAACGCGGUCCCGGGGCGAGGACGCGCGCUCGGGCCUCGUCGUGCUCCUCAGGCCGGGGGCGCGCCGGCCCUCAGGCUCCGCCAGCUCCCGGUGGUUUCCUAGAAAAAUGAUUAUUUGUUGCAUUUGAACUCACAGCCUGGUGAGGACUUCUUUACUGAUAAUGUCAAGUUCAGGUUAUCCUCCCAACCAAGGAGCAUUCAGCACAGAACAAAGUCGUUAUCCUCCCCACUCCGUCCAGUACACCUUUCCCAGCACUCGUCACCAGCAGGAAUUUGCGGUCCCUGAUUAUCGUUCUUCUCACCUUGAAGUCGGCCAGGCGUCGCAGCUGUUACAGCAGCAGCAGCAGCUGCGCCGAAGACCCUCCUUGCUUUCGGAAUUCCACCCAGGUUCUGAGAGGCCUCAAGAAAGGAGAACUGGAUAUGAACAGUUUCACCCAGGCCCAUCCCAGGUGGAUCAUGAUUCACUGGAGUCUAAGCGCCCACGUCUGGAGCAGGUUUCUGAUGCCCACUUUCAGCGUGUCAGUACGGCUGUCUUACCUUUAGUGCACACGCUGCCAGAAGGGUUGAGGUCUUCUGCAGACGCUAAGAAGGAUCCAGCAUUUGGAGGCAAACAUGAAGCUCCAUCCUCUCCACUUUCUGGGCAGCCAUGUGGAGAUGACCAAAAUGCUUCACCUUCCAAACUUUCAAAGGAAGAGCUAAUACAGAGUAUGGAUCGUGUAGAUCGAGAAAUCGCAAAAGUAGAGCAGCAGAUCCUUAAACUGAAAAAGAAGCAACAACAGCUCGAAGAAGAAGCAGCUAAACCUCCGGAGCCCGAGAAGCCUGUGUCCCCUCCUCCAGUGGAGCAGAAGCACCGCAGUAUUGUCCAAAUUAUUUAUGAUGAGAAUCGGAAAAAAGCAGAAGAAGCUCAUAAAAUUUUUGAAGGUCUUGGCCCAAAAGUUGAACUGCCACUCUAUAACCAGCCAUCAGAUACCAAGGUGUACCAUGAGAACAUCAAGACUGGAGUACCUGCAAGGCGCAUGAUGAAAAACCAGGUGAUGAGGAAAAAACUCAUUUUAUUUUUUAAAAGAAGAAAUCAUGCAAGAAAACAAAGGGAACAAAAAAUCUGCCAGCGUUAUGAUCAGCUCAUGGAGGCAUGGGAGAAAAAAGUGGACAGAAUAGAAAAUAAUCCUCGGAGGAAAGCUAAAGAGAGCAAAACAAGGGAGUACUAUGAAAAGCAGUUUCCAGAAAUUCGAAAACAAAGAGAACAGCAAGAGAGAUUUCAACGAGUUGGGCAGAGGGGAGCUGGUCUCUCAGCCACCAUUGCUAGGAGUGAGCAUGAGAUUUCUGAAAUUAUCGAUGGGCUUUCUGAGCAGGAGAAUAAUGAGAAACAAAUGCGGCAGCUCUCUGUAAUCCCACCCAUGAUGUUUGAUGCAGAACAAAGACGAGUCAAGUUCAUUAACAUGAAUGGGCUUAUGGAGGACCCAAUGAAGGUCUAUAAAGAUAGGCAGUUUAUGAAUGUUUGGACUGACCAUGAGAAGGAGAUCUUUAAGGACAAGUUUAUCCAGCAUCCAAAAAACUUUGGUCUAAUUGCAUCCUACUUAGAAAGGAAGAGUGUUUCUGAUUGUGUUUUAUAUUACUACUUGACCAAGAAAAAUGCACAUUAUAAAGCUCUAGUAAGAAGGAAUUAUGGAAAACGCAGAGGAAGAAAUCAGCAGCAAAUUGCCCGACCCUCACAAGAAGAGAAAGUAGAAGAAAAAGAAGAGGAUAAAGCAGAAAAAACAGAAAAAAAGGAAGAGGAAAAGAAAGAUGAAGAAGAAAAAGAUGACAAGGAAGACUCUAAAGAAAAUACCAAGGAAAGGGACAAGACAGAAGGUACAGCAGAAGAACCUGAGGAGAGGGAGCAGGCCACUCCGCGGGGGCGCAAGACUGCCAACAGCCAGGGCCGCCGUAAGGGCCGGAUCACCAGGUCCAUGACAAACGAAGCUGCAGCUGCCAGCGCCGCAGCUGCCGCCGCCACCGAAGAGCCUCCAGCUCCUCUGCCACCCCCCCCAGAACCCAUUUCUACAGAGCCCGUGGAGACCUCUCGAUGGACAGAAGAAGAAAUGGAAGUUGCUAAAAAAGGUCUAGUUGAACAUGGUCGUAACUGGGCAGCAAUUGCCAAAAUGGUGGGAACAAAAAGUGAAGCUCAGUGUAAAAACUUCUAUUUUAACUACAAAAGGCGACACAAUCUUGACAACCUCUUGCAGCAGCAUAAACAGAAAACAUCACGAAAGCCUCGUGAAGAGCGAGAUGUGUCUCAGUGUGAGAGUGUAGCUUCCACUGUUUCUGCUCAGGAAGAUGAAGAUAUUGAAGCUUCUAAUGAAGAAGAAAAUCCAGAAGAUAGUGAAGGUGCUGAAAAUAGUUCUGAUACAGAAAGUGCUCCUUCACCGGUUGAAGCCGUCAAGCCCAGUGAAGAUAGCGCAGAAAACGGUACUUCUCGAGGAAACACCGAACCUGUGGCUGAGCCCCAAUCCAACUCUGAAACUGCACCAAGUACAUCUCCCUCACCAGCAGGCCCAAGUGUGAAACAUGCUGAAAACGAAAGUACGGAGACCCAGGCAAAUGACGUCAAUGUUGAAACAGCAGAACCCAUGGACGUAGAUCAUCGGGAGCACAGUGCCGAAGUGAGUUCUGUCCUUGAUCUCCCAGCAGCAACCAAAGCUGACUCUGUAGAUGCUGAAAUGAGGGUACCGGGAAACGGUGCAGCUCAAGUUGAAGGUGAUACCAAAGAAAGAGCCUUGGAGAGAGCCAGCGAGAAGGGCGAGCCUGGAGGUGAAGAUCUGGUUGUGGCUCAGCAGGUCACUGCCCAGCGGCCUGAGCACCAGUCAGACAACGAUUCCAGUGCCACCUGCAGUGCUGACGAAGAUGUGGAUGGAGAGCCUGAGAGGCAGAGGAUGUUUCCUAUGGACUCAAAGUCUUCAUUGUUAAAUCCCACUGGAUCUAUACUGGUUUCAUCCCCAAUAAAACCAAAUCCAUUGGACCUGCAGCAGCUUCAACAUCGAGCUGCUGUUAUCCCACCAAUGGUUUCCUGCACCCCAUGUAAUAUACCACUUGGAACCCCAGUGAGUGGCUAUGCUCUUUACCAGCGACACAUUAAAGCAAUGCAUGAGUCGGCUCUCCUCGAGGAGCAGCGGCAGAGGCAAGAGCAGAUGGAUUUGGAGUGCAGAAGUUCUACCAGUCCAUGUGGCACUGCCAAGAGUCCCAACAGAGACUGGGAAGGAAAAUCAGUCGCCUAUAUGCCUUAUGCUGAGGUCAGACGUGCCCUAGAACAGGAAGCACAGACGCACAGUACAGCAGCAAGGUCAGCCUCACCGUGUAGGCCCUCUGCGAGAGAAGUCAGUAAAGCCGCUCCACAGCCCGAUAGGAGUGCAGCCCGCUGUAGUGUCCCGCCAGUGCUCCAGCCUGCUGCACAUCAAGUGAUAACUAAUCUUCCCGAAGGGGUUCGGCUUCCAACAACUCGGCCAACCAGGCCGCCGCCUCCUCUCAUCCCAUCAUCCAAAACCACAGUGGCUUCAGAAAAACCGUCCUUUAUAAUGGGAGGCUCCAUCUCACAGGGAACACCUGGCACAUAUUUGACCUCUCACAACCAGGCUUCCUACACUCAAGAAACAGCUAAGCCCUCAGUGGGGUCUAUAUCUCUUGGGCUACCACGGCAACAGGAACCUGCCAAAUCAGCUACUGUGCCCUACAUCAAGCAAGAAGAAUUUUCUCCCCGAAGCCAAAACUCACAACCAGAGGGUCUACUGGUCAGGGCCCAGCAUGAAGGUGUGGUCAGAGGUACCACUGGAGCCAUCCAAGAGGGAAGUAUAACUCGAGGUACCCCGACCAGCAAAAUAUCAGUGGAAGGUAUCCCCUCCCUGCGGGGCUCCAUCACUCAGGGCACCCCAGCUCUGUCCCAGGCUGGCAUACCAACUGAGGCUUUGGUGAAGGGAUCCAUUUCUAGAAUGCCUAUUGAAGAGAACAGUCCUGAGAAAGGCAGAGAGGAAGCUGCAUCCAAAGGCCAUGUUAUUUAUGAAGGCAAAAGUGGACACAUCUUAUCCUACGAUAAUAUUAAGAAUGCCAGAGAAGGGACUCGGAGUCCAAGAACAGCUCAUGAAAUCAGUUUAAAGCGAAGCUAUGAAUCUGUGGAAGGAAAUACAAAACAAGGGAUGUCGAUGAGGGAGUCUCCUGUGUCAGCACCUUUAGAGGGGCUGAUAUGCCGAGCGUUGCCCCGGGGGAGCCCUCAUCCUGACCUCAAAGAUAGGACUGUGCUGUCUGGUUCCAUCAUGCAGGGCACACCACGAGCAACAGCUGAAAGCUUUGAAGAUGGCCUUAAAUAUCCCAAGCAGAUUAAGAGGGAGAGUCCUCCCAUACGAGCGUUUGAAGGCGCCAUUACCAAAGGAAAACCAUACGAUGGCAUUACUACCAUCAAAGAAAUGGGGCGUUCCAUUCAUGAGAUUCCACGGCAAGAUAUUCUAACUCAGGAAAGCCGAAAGACUCCAGAAGUGGUCCAAAGCACAAGGCCGAUAAUUGAGGGUUCCAUCUCCCAGGGUACACCGAUAAAGUAUGACAGCAACUCAGGUCAAUCCGCCAUCAAACACAAUGUCAAAUCCUUAAUCACAGGACCUAGUAAACUAGCCCGUGGAAUGCCUCCACUGGAAAGUGUACCAGAGAACAUAAAAGUGAUAGAACGGGGAAAGUACGAGGACGUGAAGGCAGGCGAGCCCGUGCGUUCCCGGCACACGUCGGUGGUAAGCUCCGGCCCUUCCGUUCUUAGGUCAACACUUCACGAAGCUCCCAAAGCACAGCUGAGCCCAGGGAUUUAUGAGGAUACCAGUGCCCGGAGGACACCUGUGAGCUAUCCAAGCACCAUGUCCAGAGGCUCACCCAUGAUGAGUAGAACCUCUGAUGUUACAGUUUCUUCCAGCAAGUCUACCAGUCAUGAAAGAAAAUCUACACUUACCCCUACCCAGAGGGAAAGCCUAGCAGCCAAGUCUCCAGUUCCUGGGGUGGAUCCUGUAGUAAGCCACAGCCCUUUCGAUCCCCAUCACAGGGGCAACGGGGCAGGAGAGGUCUAUCGGAGCCAUCUUCCCACACACUUGGACCCAGCAAUGCCGUUUCACAGGGCUCUGGAUCCUGCAGCCGCUGCUUACCUGUUUCAAAGACAGCUUUCACCAACCCCAGGCUACCCAAGUCAGUAUCAGCUUUAUGCCAUGGAGAACACAAGACAGACAAUCCUAAAUGAUUACAUUACCUCACAGCAGAUGCAAGUUAACUUGCGCCCAGAUGUAGCCAGAGGACUCUCCCCAAGAGAGCAGCAACUGGGUCUUCCAUACCCAGCAACAAGAGGAAUCAUUGACCUGACCAAUAUGCCUCCAACAAUUUUAGUGCCUCAUCCAGGGGGAACGAGCACUCCUCCCAUGGACAGAAUCACUUAUAUUCCUGGUACACAGAUUAGUUUCCCUCCCAGGCCAUACAAUUCUGCUUCUGUGUCUCCAGGACACACAGCACACCUUGCAGCAGCUGCAAGUGCUGAACGAGAACGUGAAAGAGAGCGGGAGAAGGAACGGGAAAGGGAGCGGGAACGAGAGCGAGAGCGAAUUGCUGCAGUUUCUUCAGACCUCUACCUUCGGUCAGGCUCAGAACAGCCUGGUAGGCCUGGUAGUCAUGGGUAUGUUCGUUCUCCUUCCCCCUCGGUAAGAACUCAGGAGGCCAUGUUGCAGCAGAGACCCAGCGUUUUCCAGGGAACCAACGGAACCAGUGUGAUCACUCCUCUGGAUCCAACUGCUCAGUUACGGAUCAUGCCGCUGCCUGCUGGAGGUCCUUCGAUAAGCCAAGGCCUGCCAGCCUCCCGUUACAACACUGCUGCGGAUGCCUUGGCUGCUCUUGUGGACGCUGCAGCUUCCGCACCCCAGAUGGAUGUUUCCAAAACAAAAGAGAGUAAGCAUGAAGCUGCAAGGUUAGAAGACACUUUGAGAAGCAGGUCAGCAACAGUUAGUGAGCAGCAGCAGCUAGAGCAGAAGACCCUGGAGGUGGAGAAGAGAUCUGUCCAGUGUCUGUAUACUUCCUCAGCCUUUCCCAGUGGCAAGCCCCAGCCGCACUCUUCGGUAGUUUAUUCUGAGGCUGGGAAAGAUAAAGGGCCUCCUCCAAAAUCCAGAUAUGAGGAAGAGCUAAGGACCCGAGGGAAGACUACCAUUACUGCAGCAAACUUCAUAGACGUGAUCAUCACCCGGCAGAUUGCCUCGGACAAGGACGCGAGGGAACGUGGCUCUCAAAGUUCAGACUCUUCUAGUAGCUUAUCUUCUCACCGGUAUGAAACACCUAAUGAUGCCAUUGAGGUGAUAAGUCCUGCCAGUUCACCUGCACCACCCCAGGAGAAGCUGCAGGCCUAUCAAGCAGAGGUGGUUAAGACAAGUCCAGCAGAAACUGAUCCCAGCAGACAGUACGAAGGACCAUUGCACCACUACCGACCACAGCAGGAAUCACCGCCUCCCCAGCAGCAGCUGCCAUCCUCUUCACCGGCAGAGGGCGCAGGGCAGGUGCCCAGGACCCACCGACUCAUCACCCUGGCUGACCACAUCUGCCAAAUUAUCACACAAGACCUGGUUAGAAAUCCAGGCUCCGCACAGCCCCCCCAGCAGCCUCCCGCCUCCACAUUCCAAAAUGCACCAUCCGCUUUGGUGUCUGCACCUGUGAGGGCUAAGACAUCAAAUCGCUACAGCCCAGAUUCUCAGUCGCAGUCCGUCCACCAUCAAAGACCAGGCUCAAGGCUCUCUCCAGAAAAUCUUGUGGACAAAUCCAGGGGAAGGCCUGGAAAAUCCCCAGAGAGGAGUCACGUCUCUUCAGAGACCUACGAGCCCAUCUCCCCACCCCAGGUUCCAGUUGUGCAUGAGAAACAGGACAGCAUGCUGCUGUUGUCUCAGCGAGGAGCAGAGUCCACGGAGCAGAGGAAUGAUUCCCGCUCGCCAGCAAGUAUAAGCUACUUGCCGUCGUUCUUCACCAAGCUUGAAAACACUUCACCCAUGGUUAAAUCAAAGAAGCAGGAAAUUUUUCGUAAGUUGAACUCCUCUGGUGGAGGUGACUCUGAUAUGGCAGCUGCUCAGCCAGGAACUGAGAUCUUUAAUUUGCCAGCAGUCACCGCCUCAGGUUCAGUAACCUCUAGAGGUCAUUCUUUUGCUGACCCUGCUGGUAAUCUCGGUCUAGAAGACAUUAUCAGGAAGGCUCUCAUGGGCAGCUUUGAUAACAAAGUGGAUGAUCACGGAAUUGUCAUGUCCCAGCCUGUGCCUGGUAGUGCUAACACUGCAGUUGUACCCAGUGGAGAGACACGCAGAGAGGAAAGGGACCCAUCACCAAAUUCAGGAGGAGGAGUCUGCAAACCAAAGCUGAUCAGCAAGUCAAACAGCAGGAAAUCUAAGUCUCCUAUCCCUGGGCAAGGCUACCUGGGAACCGAGCGGCCCUCUUCAGUGUCCUCUGUGCAUUCAGAAGGGGACUACCAUCGGCAAACGCCGGGGUGGGCCUGGGAAGACAGGCCCUCUUCAACAGGCUCAACUCAGUUUCCUUAUAACCCUCUGACGAUGAGAAUGCUGAGUAGUACGCCACCCACGUCGAUUGCGUGUGCUCCUCCUCCUGUUAGCCAAGCAGCUAGUCACCAACAGAACAGGAUCUGGGAACGAGAGCCUGCCCCACUGCUCUCAGCACAGUACGAGACGCUGUCGGAUAGUGAUGACUGAACACGGAGAACGAAGGGAGGCGGGGUGCAGGGGAAGGAAGCUCUAGUUUUUGGUGGUUUUAAUUGCAGGCCAAAAACCUCCUAUGACUUGUGCCCAGAGACUUUCCGGGAGAGCCAGGGCCACAGACGAAGAAGAAAUGAUGGAAUUUUAUUUGGAGAGUCAGAUGAGGGGGGUGGGGGGAGCUGCCUUUGAUACAGGCAAUUCAGUGGAUUAUAAUAAUAGUGGAGGGUUGAAAUGCUGAAGAUAUGUAGAGUUUUUAAAAGUGGACAAUUCCCAUUCUUACAUCUGUUUGUAAAAAUCAUAAUGUCUUUAAAUCAUUUUUCUGUAAAUAGAUGACCUUUUUUGCAGUGUUUCCCCUUGCUGUAGUAUGAUAUACUUAUGUUCCAAUCAGCGCGUCAGCCUUUGGGGGUAAAUUUUAAAUAUCUUUUUGUCUUUUUAACCCUUGCCUUCUAAACCUCAUACAGCCCAGUUACAUAAUGUUGGCUGUCACGGGCAUUGUACUUUUAUCUGAUUUUGUUUCCUCUAAAUUCAGUUUCCCAGUGAUGUUUAAAAUCUUGUGAUAUGUUUAGAUUUCUAACACAGACCCUUGACAUAAAAUCUGUACAUUAACAUAUUAGGGUCGAAGGGUAGGAGAAACAAAAUUCUGCCAUACUGUAAAUUUUCGGUGCAGGCUUUUUUUUUUUUUUAAUUAACACUGAAAAAAUAUGACUGCAUGGGUAUGUUACAGCUCAGAUUUUAAAGUUUUAAAGGCUUACUGGAUGCAUACCUCAGUGUUAUGCACACUGGUAAUUUAACCAUGCCUCUAAAUGUCCCUUUUCUCCUGCAUUUGAUGCAGCCCAAUAUAGCUUUUGUUUUGAAAUAAAUUUGACUACCCUGUCCAUAGCUACAGUAGAUUAUGUGUGAUUUAAGGCCUUUGGUGUCUCAGGUUGCAAAGGGGGGCGGGGGAGACCAUUUUCUUCAGUUUGAUGUUAUGUAACUGGUUGGUUUAAAGAUCAUGAUCUGUGUAGAAUCCACUUUAGCUUUAAUGCUUUGUGAACUGUCCUGAACAACAUGCAGGUGAACAUGAGGUCCUUUUCCCACUUCUGCAGGCCAGGCCCUACUCGCUGUUUUUUCCCUUGUAGACAAGAAUUUGCUGUUGGUUGUUUCCAUGUCACUGAUUAUCAAGGUGCAAAUAAUUUAAAAGACUGAAUUUUAAACUAAUUAUGGUACUUGAGGAUUUUAUCCUUAAGAAUUGCUUGCUUGCUUUUAGAUAUUUUUUCACACAACUGAAGCAUAUCCAGUUAUCCUCCCCUAGAUAGUAACGGUUUGGGUCACUGAUGACCGGAAAGGGAAGAAACAGAGGUCUCUCGGGAUGAUACAAAUUCGCACUUCACAGAGCUUUUAAGAAGACCUAAACUUUUUCACAGUAGUACUCAAGCCUCUGAGAAAGCUGCUCUAGGGUCAGCAGCUGACUGAGCGCCUCUCUUGUAAUGACUGCUUUAUGAGCAUCAUCCAAACCUCGUAUCAAAACCCUGUAAUAGUGGUGUGUAAUCCCUGCUGUGGAUGAGCACACAGGGUCAGCACUUUGCCCGGGUAAGUAAUAAGUGACAGUGACAGGGCACAGGCUCGUGUUUUUCUGAAGGUCAACCUUUACUCCAGUGUCUGUGCCGCUCUGGUGCCUGAGGUCCUCAAAAUAAACUUCAGAUCUGGCCUGGGAGUCAGAGUCCCUACUGCUUGGAAAGUUACCAUCACUUUAUUACAAAUAUAUGUUCACAUACACACAUAAUUUUAAUACAGAUGGGAACACUGACUUUUCUACCUCCCGGAAGUUUCUGCUUCAGUUUUUUAAGGUACUGAUGAUAAUUCAGGGUUCACUUAUCAUUUAUAUUGUCAACUGACAGAAAAAGAUGAUGAUGGGUUUUCUAUCACCUUAAGAGGAUCUUAACCUAUUCCAAGUCAGAACAGUUUUUGAGAAAAGGUCAGACGAGAGCUUGACUUGCUCUUUUUGCAUGUCUGCUUGCGGACCCAGGACGAGCUGCUGUCAGUCACCCCCACCCUCGCCACAGCGUGUUACCUCACCCACCAUCACCUGUAGAGAAAGGGGAGGUGAAACCCAGUACAAUUUCCUAGUGUAAAAUAGUGAAACGACAGCAUACUUAGAUGGCUUACCUAUGGAACAAGCCAUCAGGAAGCAGUGGUCCACCUCAACGUAGACGUCAGGCACGGCACUGAGAGUACCUGGUGACUUGCUGACAGUGGCAUGAACCGAGGAAGGCACGACACUCUUUGCAGGCCAGGAUCUCAGUGUUCUGAAGCUACAUGCUUACAACUGAAAAGUUUAUGUUUUAAUUUUGUUAUGUUAAAUGAUGCCUGAAAACUGCAGUGACAUAGUACAGUUCAAAAAUCUACAUCACACUAUCCUGACACGACAGUUCUGGAUUCAGGCCACUCAGUAAAGGGAUCGGUUCUCCUUCUGCUCUGCUGCCUCGUUUUACAAUGGCACGAAUGAACUGUGACGAGACCGCCCAGGUGAAGAGACUGGCUUUCUGAAAACAGUUUUACCAGCACCGGGACCAUAUGCUGAAUCAUUGUGGAGGAUGAAAAUUCUUGAGUGAAAAACCUAACUUUGAGUCAUCCCAACAGAUCAGCUGCAACUGUGAAAAGGUCAAAGUUCUGUUGCAGGAGGUGAGUAGUUGACAUUAGCUUAAAAAGAACAGUAAACUAAGAUUGGGCUGCACUAAGACACAAUCUGAUUUAUAUUACACAGUUGAACUCCCUGCGUUAGACUUGAUUAGAGGAAUUAGCUGGGUAAAUAAGUAAAACCUAGAUAAGCUUAGAAAGACGGAAGAAAUUUAUAUUAGCAAAAUAUAAAAUUUUAGUUUUAGUCUAAUUCCUGAGGAUUUGGACCUCAGGACUUCCAGUACUUUACUUUUAUGAGGUUGCCAAUAAGUUAUUGUUUGUGAGGACCUCACGGAUUACUGCAUACAUACGACAUCGUUGUAAAGUCUCUAGUUUAUUAUGAAAGGAAGUCUUCAGCACGUACAUGGAAACCAGAAACAGGAGUCUAUCAGCCUACUCACACUUCACCCCCGCCGGCCUGCCCGUGUUCUUCAGUGGUACAUUCCUAGAAAAGCUGUCAUUGCCCCUAAGCAGAUGGCUAUUUCGGGCCUGCUGGGUUCUGUGUGUCUUGUAUUGAUACACUCUGAGGCAGGGUGACAAGGCUAUUUCACCACAGCAGUCUGUUCAUUAAAGGUCCCAUGACCAAUCACCUCCUCCCACAGUUAAGAGAGAAUCUCAUUCCCUACUUCACAAAUGAGGAUAGUAUGACCCCAAAACAAAAAGCCGGGACUAGAAUCCAGUCAGUGAUUCUUCCCUUACACCAGUGGUGCACAUGAGAAUGACUGGGGUGGUUUUAAACCCUACACUCACAGGGUCCUGCCCUGUGCAUGCAGCCUGGUAUGCUUGUGUUUAAAGAGCUCCCCAGGUGAUCCUGCUGUGAGGCCUUGUUCGCAAAUGAAGCUGAGUGCUCACGUAGGCGUGAUAAGCAAGACGUUAAGUCGUUUCUUUUUAUCUCCGGUUUUUAUAGUUGCAUGUAACAAGAUACAUCGAGAAACACAGACUUAUUUAUGAACAAAGGGGUGCUGUACUUUCAGGUGCCUGGUUCCCACUUGGAAACUACAUGAUCGAUGCUGGUGUCAGACUGAAGACACCAUAUUUCCUCAUUUAUGCACUAAAAUCCCACAUUGGGCUUCAUGAAAUAAAGUAGGUUUUAAAGAAAACUCACCAUAAUCCCCCUUGCCAUGAGAGGUAGCUCUGGCCGGCAGAUACUGAUAAAAGAAGAGGGAAGGGCUGCAAAUCAGUGGACCCAAGUGUUAGAGAUGCCAGGCUGAGCCACCACACACCUCCCUCCCCCAGAGGAACACUGGCCCAUCUUAGGCCACAGUGACAUCAGACCAGCAUGAUGGCACCUCGCCAUGCAUUACAACUGAAAGCAUCACUUGACAUCCAUCUCCAGAAGUGAAAAUCAGGGAUGAGAGGUGAAAGGUGAUUUUUCUUUAAAAAGAGAAGUGGUAGUAUAUGCAACUUGUCCUUCACCAAGGAGAAGUUGAGAAAAAUAUCAAGGACAAAGGAUUUAAGCCACUGAUCAGGGUGCCAAUGAGGAUGGAAUAAUAGCUGUUCCUCUGGGUUACCGGAAACUCUUCUUCCUACAAGCUUGGUAAAGUUAAAUCAAAGGUCUGUUUUUUCUCGACAGCUCAGCCAGCUCUUCCCGGAUGUGCUGUGCGGACACCUCAUCUCCUUUUAGCUGCGCUUGCUUCAGUGCUUCCUGGUAGAUCUCUCUGGCUUGCGCGUAUUGUUCUAAAGUAACCCAGGAGAGAAGGGAGAACAAGAAAAUCUGUGUUUUCAAAGGGAUUCUGAACAGCAGAGGUCUUACUGACUGUGCUUACCCAGUGGCAGGCUAGUAAGGCUAGUACUGCCUCAUUCCAUCCCCGUUUUACAGAUAAGGAAGCUGGCUUAAAGGGGCUGUAAUUUGCCCAGGUUACAGAGCUUCAGCACAAGUGAGCGCUAUGGGACUAAUGGUGCCCCUUCCAGUACACCAUGCGGCCCUCGCUUGAUUAGACAAUGACUUCAAUGAUGGCGGUAUGUGUAAUGAAGACUUGUCCAUCUAGGUUCCUAAAAAUGCUCAGAAAAAUGUCCAUCAAACUUGUAUUCCCUAUCUUAACAUGUUCAUGAGCAUACUGUGAGGAAAAAAUUCAACUGUAAGUGCAGGAACAUUUAAAACACUAUGGAAAUAAGGUACUUUCAUUGCAAAGCCUUCCUCUAGCUUGAUGUGAUUCAGCAGGCUAACACAAGGCUACAAAAGUUACGUGAAUUGAGCACAAUGGUAUUUCAACCAAACAUCCCUUUCUGCCCUUCUUCAGCCAGCCUUCUAACUCCGAAGUUUCUACAUCGUCCAUUGCCCCCAUUACACCACUGCACGGUUGUAAAUACAGUCAGCAUCCUUUCCUAAAGCAAGCCAGUCAAGUUUCCAACGCUACCUACCUCUGUGCAUCAGAACUGCAGCUAGGUUACUGAGCACCAUGUGUAGCUCAGGGUGUUUUAUCUGUCUUGCCAGAUCGGAUGCCCUCUGCACAUAAAUGAAGGCCUCAUCAAAGUGGCCCUGUGCAUCCAGAGUAGUAGCCAGGUCAUUCAUCAGCACGAUGGUCUAGAUAUGGAAGAAACAAGGCUUUGUCUUUAAACACACACCUACACAGAUUUAACAUUUAUUUAGAGUUUGAUAAACCGUGACUACAUACUUCAGAUUUUAUCUUACCCAGCAGUCCUCAAAAGGUGAGGAAUAUCAGCCUCUAACCAACUGUGUGCUUAUUUUCCACGCUGUAAGUGGACACUGGUUCAACCCUCAAAUUAUACAAUCUAGAAACUGGGGAACAGGGUGAAUAUUAUUUAUUUAUCCAACUAAUUAUUAAAUUAGAAGCGCCAAAUAAAAAAUAACAAAAAGGAGCUAUAAUGUCUCGUUUAAGGUCCAAGAAUCUUGAGACGUCAGCCCCCUGUGGCCUUAUUGCCUCUGGGGCCGUAAUGUAUUAUAACGUAAUUCUACUGGUAACCCCAAGACUGUCAUCAAGAAGAAGAAAUACCUAUUAAGGAAGAUUCUCAUGAAGAGUCUUUAAAAUGUUGGCACUAAAAGGGUCCGGCUUCCACACCUUCUUCCCCAUUGAAGCCAGGCUUUGUAAGUCCCCUGAUUCUAGCUACUCCUUGGUCAUUUGAAUUCCAGUCUCACCUUUUUAUGAUUCCUCAACGAUACUCUACUAAAUCCCCUUCCUGGAGAUAAUUCAGUUUAAAAUCCCUUUUCUUCUAAAACUACUAUUCGCUCUGCCUUGCGACAUGUUCGGUCCGCUAAAAAUUCUGUAUCCUGUGCUGGGGGCACUGAGCAGACACAGGCAUCCACGCCUUCCCCUCUAAGAAUUUCAUUUGAUAGAGGGGAGACACCAAUAGAUGAUCUCAAUCCAUGUUUAGGGUUCUGAUAGAAAGCUUUACAUGGUGUGUUCAAAUUCUACAUCAGUGGUUUUGAACAUGUCAGUCCCGCCUUCCCCACACACGCAUUUUAACUACAGGACAAGGAGUGCAAGGAUCUUCGUCUACUGACCUGUUCUUCACGAGAUUCUAAUAAGAGGUCUGCAGACCCCACCGAGAAGGCCUGUGCCACACACCUGGAAGCCACGGAAGCACCCGGUGCCUCAUCAGACCUGCGUUUUAGAAAGGCUGCUCUCUGUGGUGUAAACCACAGGAAUGUUCUGCGUAGACCUAGUAACUGAUCAGGAGUCCUAAAUCCUUUUGGAAACAAGUAUGUUUGGGGUAGGGGGUGUUGUGGGAAGGCAGAAAAUGAACUGGGGCUUGAGGAGGAGGAGACUGCUAGAACCAUCUACUUAUAGUCUACUCCCAGUCGCUGUGACAUUUAACAACCAAAACAUUUCUAAACUUUUGCUUUACACUCUCUUCUACAUUUUCCUCCCUUACCUGUGGGUGUCUUUCUCCUUGUAUUUCUUCAGAAAUCCGCAAAGCUUUUUCAUACAUCUUUUGUGCCUGCGAUGGCUGCUUAGCAAACACAAGGUAGCGCGCGUAGGCAUCUAAGCACAUACCCAGGAGGAGGUGGGUAUUGGCUUUCUCUUCCACUAUGAAGACAAGAAGAGGGCGCUGGGAUGUAACAAGUACAAUCCAGAAGGCACAGCGGCUUCCUGCUCUAGUCAUUUUUCUUCUUACUCAGACCACAAAAUAUUUUAACAGUAUGUGGCCCACUGAAUGUUUCAUGUCAGUUAGAGGUAAUUUAGAUGAAUUUAAUCUGAUUAAAUGAUAAAUUCCAGACUAACAGGACUUGUGGAAUUUCUUCUGGCAUUUUAAAUAAUAUUCAGAGUCCAGACAUUAAUUAAAACAUGGAAUUUUUUUUUUAAACUAAUAAUACUCAGCAGAAGCAGAUGAAAAUAAACCCAAAGAUGAAUGAGUGAAUAAUAUUAAAAAAGUCCAGGGCCAAUGAAAAAGUUUUAAGGUGCAAAAAAAGCUAAGCAAUAAGAAACCAGAGAACAUACAGAAUUCUGAAAUAGAAGAUCAAAAGCCAGAUAUAAAGAACAGUUAGUCCAUUUUUUGAAAAAGAAUAAAGGAUGCAAUGACAGCACCUCUCGACACAUUACAGAAUUGACUCUGCAGUGUAGGAAAAACAAAUUCAAAAACAGCUAAUGCCACACACAAAGAAUUAGAGAAUGGUAACACCAAGAACUGGAGAACAGUAACCAAUCUAAAUAACAGUACCAAAUAUCAACUUGCACAAGUAAAGACGAUACAAAUAAUGUAGAAACAAAACCAAGCUACAAGGAAAUUCUGCAAACAACUCACACCAAAAAAACCCACUGCCGUCAAGUCAAUCCCGACUCGUAGCAGCCCUACAGGAUGGAGCAGGACUGCCCCACGGAGUUUCCAGGGAGCACCUGGUGGAUUCCAACUGCCCGACUCUUGGUUGGCAGCCGUAGCACAAAACUACUAUACCACCAGGGUUUCCAGACAACUCACAGAGAGACACACAGAGAGCUUAUCUCAAAUGAUCUUAUGUAACAAGAACUAUUAGACACCCAACUGAAGAUGCUCACUUGGUUUAUUUACCAGCGAAGCUAUCGUUCAUAUCUAAACUCCUUUCCGUAUCUUCAAAUUUUAAAAAAAUUUACAAAUGGCAUAUGGGAUUUAACGAUUAAAUUACUAUAGUAUGCUUAAUCACUGAAGAGAUUAUUUCAAGUAAAAUAGUUGGCAGAUGAGUACACCUGUUGGAAUAAUACCAGGGGGUAAAAGUGAAAAAAAGGAUGAAACUUUUCUUCCUCAAAAAGAAAUCUAAAGUUGUUAAUUUUUGCUUAGUUAUAUAUAAAAAAAGGUAAAUAAAAUCUUUUUAAAAUACUGAAUGCCUUACUAGUUUCAAAGAUUUAUAACAUGAAAAUUAUUUUCAUAAAUAUAAAAUUAUAAAUUUAUAAACAUAAUCAUAUAAAAACAUGAGGGUACCAACUAAUUACCGUAUGUAAAGACACUCUAUUUCUCUAAAAAGGAAUACCGAAACACUGAAUAAAAAAUACAAAACCAUGAGACAAAAAAUAUCAAGAAGCAGUUGUAAUAUUAACAGUACUGUGAGAUAAAUGGUAAUUAUAUAAUGCUAAUUAAAAGGCAGAGUUAGAAAUGAAAACGGGACAAAUCUCUGUGUCUGCUUCAAGUACAAAGGUCCAAGAAGAUAAGUUAUUUUUAACAAUGAAAAAUUGGAAACAACCUAAAUGCACAAAAGAAGCGUUGAAGAAAUACACUAGAAUACCAUAGAGCUACUAAAACUCUUAUUCUCUGAGAAGAUUUAAAGACAAAAAUGUUCACCAUUUACCAAAAAACAAAAAAUAUAACGGGUGAUUAUUCUAAUUCCAGAAACUACAUGCUCCAAAAAAAUGACUACCCACUGCCAAGGACUACUGAAUCUUUUCAUGAGAGUUGUAGUAAAUCUCUUUAAAGGUUUCUAUAUUUUUAAAAAUAAUAUGCUCUUUUUACAUUUUACAAUUAUGGAAAAACUUUCAAUAGUGUAACUUAAGUACAAGAAUAAGUGACAGAAGUAAAAUAUUACCUCAGUUAUCGGUAAUCUACCAAUUAGAUUAGUAGACAAGAACUAUUUUAGGUGAAGAGAAAGACAACACACAGUACAGGACAGGUCUGCACAACUUGACUAAACCAAAAGCAAAGAAGGUUCCUGAAUAAACCAAAUGCUUCGAAGGCCAGAGUAGCAGGAGUGGAGGGCUAGGGACCAUGGUUUCAGGGGACAUAUAGGUAAACUGGCAUAACAACGCCUAUUAAGAAAGCAUUCUGCAUCCCACUUUGGUGAGUGGCGUCUGUGGUCUUAGAUGCUAGCAAGCGGCCAUCUAAGAUGCAUCAAUUGGUCUCAAUCCACCUGGACCAACGGAGAAUGAAGAACACCAAAGACACAACGUAAUUAUGAGCCCAAGAGACAGAAAGGACCACAGAAACCAGAGACUACAUCAGCCUGAGACCAGAAGAACUAGAUGGUGCCCGGCCACAACCGAUGACUGCCCUGACUGGGAACACAACAGAGAACCCCUGAUGGAGCAGGAGAGCAGUGGGAUGCAGACCUCAAAUUCUCGUAAAAAGGCCAGACUUAAUGGUCUGACUGAGACUAGAAGGACUCCAGAGGUCAUGGUCCCCAGACCUUCUGUUAGCCCAAGACUGGAACCAUUCCCAAAGCCAACUCUUCAGACAGGGAUUGGACAGGACUGUAAGACUGAAAAUAAUACUGCUAAGCAAUGAGCUUCUUGGCUCAAGUAGACACGUGAGACUACGUGGGCAGCUCCUGUCUGGAGGGGAGAUGAGAAGCCAGAGGGGGGACAGAAGCUGCCUGAAUGGACACGGGGAAUACAGGGUAGAGAGAUGGAGUGUGCUGUCUCUUUAGGGGGAGAGCAACUAGGAGUACAUAGCAAGGUGUAUAUAAAUUUUUGUAUGAGAGACUAACUUGAUUUGUAAACUUUCACGUAAAGCACAAUAAAAAUAGAAGAAAAUUAGAGUGAGAGAAAAGGCAGUGAAGCUUUUUAAAGAACAUAAUUAAUGAGGUAAAAAACUGGCUACAAUAUUUUUUUCAAUAUCAAGCAUUAAUUUUAAAAUUGUAUUUUAAAUUUAUAGCACAUUCUGACCAAAAGAACAUGAAAAUAGACUAUUUUUUGAAAACUAAUCUUCUCUAAGAACAGGACCAAGGAGGAAAUAAAAAUGUUCCAUAACAAAACUUUUAAAAGAAAAUUAAAAGGCUCCAUAACAAAACCUUUAGUUUAUUGCCACGAGAAAAUUUUACAGCUUUAAAUAUGUAUAAUAAAAAAGUUCCUUUUCUAAGUAAUAAAAAAAUUUUUAAUGGUUUUAAUAAAAGACAUUGCUAUAAGUUAGACAAGAAGAAAAUAACUGUGGAGAAGAAACGAGCUGUCAUUAAAGCUGUGAAUGACUUCAUUCCACCUGGAUCAACAACCAACAUCAAAUGAAGUGUUACACUGGGAAAAUCUGCUGCAGAAGACCUCUCUCAAAUUUUUAAAAGAUGUCACUUUGAUGAUAAGAUGCUCCUGACCCAAGCCAUGGUCUGUUUUAAAUUGCCUCAUAUGCAUGCAGAAGUUAGACAGUGAAAACAGAAGACGGAAGAACUGAUACACUUGAAUUGUGCUGGUGAAGAAUACCACGGACUGCCAGAAGGAUGAACAGAUCAGCCUCAGAAGAAAUACAACCACAAUGUGUCUUAGAAGCAAGGAUGGCGAGAAUCUGGCUCACUUACACUGGACAGGUCCUCAGGAAAGACCAAUCGCUAGAAAAGGACAUCACGGUUGGUAAAGUACAGGGUGGGCAAGAAGGAGGGAAAUCCUCAAUGAGAUGGACUGACACCCUAGCCACAAAAAUGGACUAAACAUAUCAAAGAUGAGGAAGAUGGUGCAGGACUGGGUAACAUUUUGCUGGUAUACGUAAGACUGUCAUGAGUCAGAGCCAACUCAUCAGCUGCUGACAACAACAAUAACAACUGAGAAAUAAACUGGGAUCAUUUAUAGAGCUUCACAAAAAUCAGUCCACAAAGCAAACAAGUCUCAUUACAGAAAUUUUCACUCAAGACAUUAGCAAAUGGAAUUCUCAAAUAUACUAAGGAUAUGACCAAGCAGCACUUAUUCCAGGAAUACAGUAUGCUUAAUAUAUCACAAGGGCUCCUAUUAUCAAAUUAGGCUUACAUAAAUAUAGACUAAAAAGUAAUAUGAUAAAAUAUUGGCACAAUUAUAAGUAUUUAUAAAAACAGGAAUAGAGAUACUCCAUUAACAAGAAAACGAGCAUCUCUAAUUUAGGAAAACCUGGGCACAGGCCCCUAAGUUCUUUUACCACCAUCAAAAACAAUAUAGGACUAGUAUGUGCAAUCAAAAAAAUAAAAGUACAUACAAAAAAAAAAAAUGCCCAACCACAG